AUGUCCUUUCUUUCCGGUCUCAAGGCUGCCCAGUUGAAAUACAAUAUAUUCACGAGUAUCAGGGAAAAUGUGGAUGCUGAGCUUCUACAGGCCCUUAGCGGAAAGCUGAAGAAAGUCACCGUUGCGAUCAAGGAUAAUAUCGUCACUAAGGAGGACAAAACAACAUGCUCGUCGCAGAUUUUAGCUGACUAUGAAAGCCCGUUUGAUGCCACCGUGGUCAGAUUACUUAAGGAACAAGGAGCGGUUGUUGUGGGAAAGACUAAUCUAGACGAAUUUGGCAUGGGAAGCGGAACCACUCAUUCACACUUCGGACCAACACUAAACCCUUUAUACCCCGAUGAAGCCAGAAUAUCAGGAGGAUCAUCUGGCGGGUCGGCUGCGGCCGUGUCAGCAGGUUUGGUAGAUGUGGCGCUUGGAACAGACACGGGAGGGUCCAUCCGUUUGCCUGCCUCAUACACCGGUGUGGUGGGCUUUAAGCCAACCUAUUCUCGUAUAUCAAGAUGGGGAGUAGUUCCAUAUGCUCAAAGUUUAGAUACUGUGGGGCUGCUCUCCAGAGAUGUUUCUAUUAUACGACAAGUUUUCACAGAGUUGGACAAAUACGAUCCAAAUGACCCAACGUCUUUAGCUGGAGAUAUACGGGAAACCAUACCGAAACGGACGGUGACCAGCCAAAGACUCAGAAUAGGAGUUUGCGAGCAAUUCAACGUUAAAGAAUUGUCCCAGCCAAUGAGAAACGCCUGGAUCAGCAGUUUAGAGCGAUUUUCGAAGGAUGGUCAUGAACUUGUUCCGGUCAGUAUUCCAUCUAUCAAACAUGCUUUAUCGGCUUACUACGUUUUGGCACCAGCAGAAGCGGCUUCAAAUCUUUCUCGUUAUGAUGGAGUUCGGUAUGGAUUCAGAAACUAUGAUAAAUCUUACGGAACCACCAGAUCAACUGGUUUUGGCAGCGAGGUUCAAAAGAGAAUCAUGUUGGGAAACUUCAACCUUUCUUCCGAGGCAUAUUCCAACCAUUUCCUCAAGGCUCAACGAGUAAGACGAUUGAUAUGUGAUGAGUUUAAUGAGGUAUUCAAAUUAUCAAAUCCUCUGGAUGGUAAAACAUCUUUUAACGAUUUGGGAAUUGACCUUAUUGUGACUCCAACAUCAACUUCAAAAGCACCUACUCUCGAGAAGUUCCGUUUAUCCCAGAAUGAUAACGGUGUCACUGAGUACGUUGACGAUGUCAUGACAGUACCCGCUUCUUUGGCCGGAUUGCCUUCUAUCGUAGUUCCCUGGAAUACCGAUAAUGGAGUGUGUGGAAUCCAGCUCACGGGUCAGUUUGGUGACGAUAAUCUGGUGUUGGACGUUGCCGAGACUUUCAUGGCUAGAGAAGAGUAA